UGCAUUUUUUUGUACAGACAGGGUUUCAUCAUAUUGCCUAGGCUGGUCUUGAACUUUUGGACUCAAGCGAUUGGCCUCGCCUUGGCUUUCAAAGUGCUGGGAUUACAGGAGUGAGCCACCUGCCUGACCAAUACUGCAUUUUUUGACUUCCUGUUUUCUAUCCUUAAAGCUCUGAUUUCUUGGACCCAGUGAAAACAAAUUUUUCAAGUUGAAGAUUUUAAGUUAAUGUAAUCAUUCAUAUUUGAAGGAUGUCAUGAUUUAUUUUUUAAUGUCUUUACUAUUGAAAAUAUUUCUUGUUAUUAUAGUUUAUUUAUACUCUAAAUUAAAAAUAAGCAGGCACUUCAUAUUCUGGAUUUGCUGUCACUUGCCUACAACAAAACAAGUAACUCUGGGUUUAUACUGGAUGAGUUACAAAGCAAGAGUUUGGAUUUUAUCAUUGGUUUCAGUCCUAAUUUUAGAGGUGUGGGGAUACAAAAGAAGUUCUUAAUUUGGAGACAUUUAAAAUGGCUUGUGUGGUUUUCUUCAGGAAGGAAGCAUGCUGUCUAACUUCAGGACCAUCACAGCACCCUUUAAAUAUGUAAUAAUUAUUUUGUUCAAAAUGUUUAUGUUCCAUAUCUUAUCACUCAAUGUAUAAAAUAUCACUGCCACUGACAUCAAUUACAUUUUAUGGAAAAUGGAGUGAAUUAGUAAGCUGUCAAGUAGGUAUUUUCCUCCUCCCUCAAAAAGUUAUGUGUCCAAGUGUAAAUCAUCAAAAGGAUGCAGAUUCUUUCCAUAUAUUGCUUACAAAUUGACUAUUGUUUAAAAAGGCACAAAUUUCAAAAAAAUUAAAAAAAAUAAAUAAAUAAAAAGGCACAAAUUUCAUAGACAAGUCUUUAUCUCCUUCUUUCUUAAAAAAGCACAGAAAAUGGGGGAAAAAGUCUUCUAUACUGCAGUCUAAAUUAUAGGUAGGAAAAAUAAAAACUAAGUGACAUGGGAGAUUGGAGGUGAAUUUUCAAAUAUCAGUAAUUUACAGGAUUUACAGGAUUUUCAUUAGCAUUGUUUCCACGUUUUCUGUAAGAUAUGAACAUUUAAAUUGAUAAGAAUGGAAUGUUCAUAUAACAUUAGUUUUUCUUACUUGUAUCCAUUUAAAGAUUCACAUUUUCACUUUAAUAUAUAACUUAAGACUUUUCUUUCAAAACACAUCUAAAAAUUAGUAAAAUGCCUAAAUGGAAGCUUUAUUUACUUGGUAGAAAAGCUGAAAAAAAUAAAAACAUAUUCUUCACAAUUUCAGAGGUGACAAAAAUCUCUUAUAUUUCAGUAGUUUCUGAUCUCCCUUAAGGGAUUUGAAAAUUGUAUAUGAUGUUGCAUAAUCUUAAGAAGAUUAACGUUAAAGUGCUACUGGUCUAUUUCAAUUGUGUACUUCUUACAAUAUAAUGAAAGAAUUUAUUUGGUAAUCCUGAAUCUAUUGACCUCACAAACACUGGUCAUUAUUUUGGUGAAAAUAUUCAUAAGCAUUUUUAGUUACUGAUUUCUAACAGUUGUUUCUUAUUAUCUUCCUGAUUUUACAAUUCCCCAAAGUAAAGGUGCGAAAAACAAACAUCUACCCUCCUUUUCGACAAAUGCCAUGAUAGAGGGGAGACUUGUGUGGUGUAAACACAAAUGUAGACAUUUGGAAGUUGAUGGUUUUAAGAUUCAAUAAAAACUUGAAGGUUUUGGCUUCAAAUCCCCACGCUAGUUUGUUUUAGUUCUACCGGAUACAUGUCCCCUACCCAUUUCAAAGGACCCAGUCAACUCCGCUCUUGCCUGCAGUUUCAGCGUCGCGGGUGGCCCGCGCCCCGCCGGAGUUGGAGCUGGCAGAGUCCGAUUGCUCAGAGCGCCGAGCCGGGGGUGGGGCAGGGGUACGCUUGCAGGUCCGGUGGUCACGCGGGCUGAGAGCCCCCACGGCCGACCCGCGCUGCAGACCCUCCUGGAGAACCUCAGGCCUCUCCUCAAAAACAUCCCUAAAACGCGUUCCCUUUGUUCAUUCAUUCAUGUUCAAUUUCAUAUGCCCCUCUGUCUUGGGAAAACCAAUUAGGGCCUCUGCAGCCUCAACCCAGGGGCACUGUUCCCGCCUAUUACUGACCCAGUGAAGCCGGGAAGACCAAUCUCGACCACUGUUUCGCAGAUACCGCGUGUGAUUUAUUAAAUGCCGUCUCUCCGAGUCCCAAGUGGCCGGGAGCAUUAUGCCACCUCCCUUGCCCUCAUCUCUCACUGCCAUGCAAGAAAGCGUUAAUGGCAAAUAGGGACCACGGCCACGCUCCGUCGUUCCUGCUUCCAAGCAAACCUUGUGCCAGGUUCCUCAUUUCGCGAGGCUCCACUCUCUUGGGCUUCAGGCUGCGGCUGGGCCUCCAGGACCAAAGGGCAAUAGAGGUCUGAGAGUCCGGGCCUCAGGCAUAUGCAGGCCGCAGGUGGGAGGAGAAUAGCGCCCGCGCGUGGCAACAGCCCAGGGCGUCUCAGCCGGAUUUUUCCAUCCCCGGGAUAGGCUUGGUGCCCCGUACACUCCAGCGGAACUACAACUCCCAGCACCGUGGUUGCCCGGACUCCCGGAAGCCGGAGCCCGGCUGGGAGGAAGCAGCUGAGACCCCGCCAACAGACCGGGGGUUAAUUUAGACAGAAAAGGGGGCGGGAAGGGCUGUGGGAUACUUGUCAAUUCGCCGCCAUGAACGUGGUUUUUGCUGUGAAGCAGUACAUUUCCAAAAUGAUAGAGGACAGCGGGCCUGGUAUGAAAGUACUUCUCAUGGAUAAAGAGACGUUAAUCCUUUGUUUUUACAGACUGGCAUAGUGAGUAUGGUAUACACACAAUCGGAGAUUCUACAGAAAGAAGUGUACCUCUUUGAACGCAUUGAUUCUCAAAAUCGAGAGAUCAUGAAACACCUGAAGGCAAUUUGUUUUCUUCGACCUACAAAGGAGAAUGUGGAUUAUAUGAUUCAGGAGCUCCGAAGACCCAAAUACACUAUAUAUUUCAUUUAUUUCAGUAAUGUGAUCAGCAAGAGUGACGUGAAGUCAUUGGCUGAAGCUGAUGAACAGGAAGUUGUGGCUGAGGUUCAGGAAUUUUAUGGUGAUUACAUUGCUGUGAACCCACAUUUGUUUUCCCUCAAUAUUUUGGGUUGCUGUCAGGGUCGAAAUUGGGAUCCAGCCCAGCUAUCUAGAACAACUCAAGGGCUUACAGCUCUCCUUUUAUCUCUGAAGAAAUGUCCCAUGAUUCGUUAUCAGCUCUCAUCAGAGGCAGCAAAGAGACUUGCAGAGUGUGUUAAGCAAGUGAUAACUAAAGAAUAUGAACUGUUUGAAUUCCGUCGGACAGAGGUUCCUCCAUUGCUCCUUAUUUUAGAUCGUUGUGAUGAUGCCAUCACCCCAUUGCUAAACCAGUGGACAUAUCAGGCUAUGGUCCAUGAACUACUAGGCAUAAACAACAAUCGGAUUGAUCUUUCCAGAGUGCCGGGGAUCAGUAAAGACUUAAGAGAGGUGGUCCUAUCUGCUGAAAAUGAUGAAUUCUAUGCUAAUAAUAUGUACCUGAACUUUGCUGAGAUUGGUAGCAAUAUAAAGAAUCUCAUGGAAGAUUUUCAGAAGAAGAAACCAAAAGAACAGCAAAAACUAGAAUCAAUAGCAGACAUGAAGGCCUUUGUUGAGAAUUAUCCGCAGUUCAAGAAAAUGUCUGGGACUGUUUCAAAGCAUGUGACAGUGGUUGGAGAAUUGUCUCGAUUGGUCAGUGAGCGGAAUCUGCUGGAGGUUUCAGAGGUUGAGCAAGAACUGGCCUGUCAAAAUGACCAUUCUAGUGCUCUCCAGAAUGUAAAAAGGCUUCUGCAGAACCCCAAAGUGACAGAGUUUGAUGCUGCCCGCCUGGUGAUGCUUUAUGCUUUACAUUAUGAGCGACACAGCAGCAAUAGCCUGCCAGGACUAAUGAUGGACCUCAGGAAUAAAGGUGUUUCUGAGAAGUAUCGAAAGCUCGUGUCUGCAGUUGUUGAAUAUGGUGGUAAACGAGUCAGAGGAAGUGACCUCUUCAGCCCCAAAGAUGCUGUGGCUAUCACCAAACAGUUCCUCAAAGGACUGAAGGGAGUAGAAAAUGUAUAUACACAGCAUCAACCUUUCCUACAUGAAACGCUGGAUCAUCUCAUCAAAGGAAGGCUUAAGGAAAACCUAUAUCCUUAUCUAGGCCCCAGCACACUCAGAGACAGACCUCAGGAUAUCAUUGUGUUUGUAAUUGGAGGAGCCACCUAUGAAGAGGCUCUAACAGUUUAUAACCUGAACCGCACCACUCCUGGAGUGAGGAUUGUCCUGGGAGGCACCACGGUGCACAACACGAAAAGUUUCCUAGAGGAAGUUCUGGCUUCUGGACUGCACAGCCGAAGCAAGGAGAGCUCUCAAGUCACAUCAAGGUCAGCGAGCAGAAGAUGAAACAGUGGUUGGGGGAAGGGCACAGCUUCCUCUCUCACCCCCACUACAGGCUUUCCCUACUAAUCAGAGGUAUUGGAGAGCAGCUUUGGGUUCUGUGCUGGUUGUUAGAACUCAUCUCCAGGUAGCCCACAGAUUUGUGGUUGGCACAGACACACGACUCCCAGAGUUGACCCAACAAUAUGUCUGAGCCCGUCUCAACCCACUUUUCUCUGGUAGUCUUUAUGUAUCUGUUAGCACAAUCACUUCAGUUACUGAUGAAUUUUGUUGGGAUCUGACGUGGGGAAAGGGUUAUCAGAGCCUAGAGGGGCUUAAAAAGUAAUCAUUUGAUGUACAUACCACAUUCCUUGACUUCCUUUCUCUUCCCUUGACCCUUUCUGCUUUUCAAUAACCACAUUCCUGCACAACUUAUUUCUGAAAACCUACCAUAUUUCUUUAUAGAGCCAUCCAAAAUUUUUUGUCCCUACAUAGCAAUUUUCUGUGGCACUGAGAAACCAUGUAUGACCACAAUAAAAAUCCAUUUUGUGAAAA